UGUAGCGACAUCUGGUAGCCUUAGCGAUCUAGCCGCGCAGUCCUCAACACGGACUACGGAUCUGCUAAUAAUCAUACCUGGAAGAUGAAGCCUCUGGUGAUUCUAGCCUCCCUUUUAGCUUCUUCUUUUGCCGUGCAUCUGAGCCACGACUUAUCCCUCCAUAGUGAAAAUCUAGUGCGCAUGUUCAGUGAUUAUCUAUUACGGGAUGACCAACUUCAAAGGCAAAGCAGAGAUGUGGAAUUCAAUGGAAUUAAUGAAGAGUUUAAACUGAUUCGCAGAGCCUCCUCCCCAUCCUACAAAGUACAAAACUUUGCAAUAUGGUAUGAACCAGCGUCAGGAAUGCGGCUUUGUGAAACAAACAAUACCAUUGUUUUUAAACAAUGCAUCGAUACAUCCAGCAACUGCAAGUAUCUGAACAGUACUCUUCAAAUAUGCCAAAAACCGGAAGCAGCAAAGAAUCUUGGGUGUCUGAAAACAUGCCAGCUCUGUAAUCAUGUAGAUAAAUGUGAAACGGGUGAACACAACUGCAACCGUUUGGCCGAAUGUAAAGCAAACGGUGACAAUUUUCAAUGUACCUGUAAGAAAGGCUACGAAGGGGAUGGUGUGAAAUCAUGCACGGACAUAAACGAAUGCACCACUAACACUCACAAUUGUGAAGCAGAUCAGACAUGCAAAAAUACUGAAGGAGGAUUUAGAUGUAGUUCCCUGGCGCAGGAAUCAGAACCUGUAAAAACGUGUACCUCAGGCUACACUGCUCAAAACGGAAAAUGUGAAGAUGUAGACGAAUGCAAGGAUCCCAAGCUAAAUAAUUGUCACAAGGAUGCCCUUUGUUCAAACACUGACGGAAGUUUUAAAUGUCAAUGUAAAACGGGAUUUAUCGGAACUGGAACCGUUUGUAUUGAUAAUGACGAGUGUAAAGGUAAGAAUGACUGUUCCUCGUACGCUACCUGUACUAACACUGCCGGCUCCUAUACAUGUAGAUGUCGUGUAGGCUUCAGAGGAAACGGGAAAUCUUGUCAAGAUGUUGACGAAUGUUCAAAGGGAGAACGCAAUAACUGUAACAAACUGGCUUCCUGUAAGAACUCCAUUGGUUCCUACAAGUGCACGUGUCCUAAAGGGUACUAUGGGGAUGGAUCCUACUGCAACGAUAUCAAUGAAUGCAGCCGGCGAUCUACAAACAAAUGUCACCGCAGAGCUAAGUGUACCAACACACCAGGCUCCUACAAAUGUGCUUGUCAAAAUGGCUAUACGGGAGACGGUGUCACAAAAUGCAACCGAAAACAGAAAGUCAAGUGGAGUUGGUGGGGUUAAAACAAAUACCGUUUGUGUUGUAUCCACGAUGUAUGACCUUAACUAAUACAUAUUACUAUAUGUU